AUGGGCAACAAGCAGACUGUGUUCACCCAUGAGCAGCUGGAGGAAUACCAGGACUGUACUUUCUUCACGAGGAAAGAGAUCAUGAGGCUCUUCUAUCGCUACCAGGACCUGGCCCCUCAGUUGGUGCCCCUCGACUACACCACCAGUCCUGAGGUGAAGGUGCCCUACGAGCUGAUUGGCAGCAUGCCAGAGCUGAAGGAUAACCCUUUCCGCCAGAGGAUUGCACAGGUCUUCUCUCAAGAUGGGGAUGGUCACAUGACCUUAGAGAACUUCCUGGAUAUGUUCUCGGUGAUGAGUGAGAUGGCUCCACGGGACCUGAAGGCAUAUUAUGCCUUUAAGAUUUAUGACUUCAACAAUGAUGAUUACAUCUGUGCGUGGGACCUGGAGCAGACGGUGACCAGGCUGACCCGCGGGGAGCUGAGUGAGGAGGAGGUGUCCCUGGUCUGUGAGAAGGUGCUGGACGAAGCGGAUGGUGACCAUGACGGGCGGCUGUCCCUGGAGGACUUCCAGAACAUGAUCCUGCGGGCACCAGACUUCCUCAGCACCUUCCACAUCCGAAUCUGA